UGUUAAUCAUCUUUUUCGUUGUUAGUUUUUUUUUCUUUCUCUUAGAUAUAAUCAAGCUUCGGUAUCUGGGUUCGUUUGCUAAUUCUGCAUUUCUUCUCUGACAGAAAGAGUUUUCGGGAAAGAAAGGUAAAAUAAUAACAAAAAAAUAAAUAUCGAGGACAACACAGGAGUGCGAAAACAUGGUUAGAAAGAAUGCAGAAUUAGCAAGAAAGGAUUCAGAAACGAUUGAAGAUAGUACAGUAGUGGCUAUAGACAAAGAUAAAGGGAGCCAAUAUGCGCUUAAAUGGGCUGUUGAUAAUUUUCUCAACAGAGGCCAGUCUGUUACCCUUCUCCAUAUUGCACUGAAGGCAUCACCACCCCAUUCUCAAUCUGGAGGCGGAAGCUUUCCUGGCAGCGCAGAUGGUAAUGAGGAGAUUACAAGGACAUAUAGCAAAAACCUUGAAUCUGAAGUCAGGGAUUUAUUCCUUCCAUUUCGCUGCUUCUGCACUCGAAAGGAUAUCAAGUGUCAUGAGAUCGUAAUUGAGGAUGUUGAUAUACCUAAAGCAAUAUUAGAAUAUGUCUCUACACAUUUAAUUGAAAACUUGAUACUUGGUACGCCAACAAGGGGAGGCAUAAUUGCCAGAAAAUUCAAGAGCACAGAUGUUCCAAGCACUGUGUCAAAAUCUGCACCAGAGUUCUGCAAUGUAUAUAUCAUCAACAAAGCAAAGGUUUCUUCUCAACGAUCUGCUACUGCUCAAAUACCGGCAAGGCAUUCCCCUCCUAAUUCUUCCCCCCAAAUCAUGUUGCAACACAGGCCUAGCAAUCUUGCUCCAGCUGAUACACCUCACGGUAACAGGCAUACCCGAAUAUCCACAGCAGCAUCUGAGAGGUCACCAUAUCAUACAUAUCCAAAAAGCUCCAAUGAAGAGACAGAAAUGAUAAAGUCUCCAUUCACUAGAGGUAGAAGUUCACUUAACAAAUAUGAGCCUUACACACCAGAGAUGGAUAUAUCAUUUGUGAGCAGUGGAAGGUCAAACAGCACCGAUCGCAUCUUUUCGCCUUUCAAUGACAAUUCGGAUCCUGGAACCCCCCCUCGGAGAACAAGCAGCACAGAGUAUGACUACAGAAGCUUUGGGUCAGUGCACUCAGCAGGGACAUCAACAGAUCUGGGUUCACAUUACUCAGGCAGCUCUCAGGAAAGUGGGCAGACCACAUGGUACUCUAAUAACAUGGAUGAUGUUGAAUCCGAAAUGAGGAGACUCAGACUAGAGCUGAAGCAAACAAUGGAUAUGUACAGUUCAGCCUGCAAGGAGGCACUCUCAGCAAAGCAGAAGACUAGGGAAUAUCAGCGCUGGAAAUUGGAAGAACAGCAUAGAUUUGAUGAGGCAAGAAUAGCAGAGGAAGCUGCCUUGGCACUAAUAGAGAAGGAAAAAGCCAAGUGCAAGGCAGCAAUCGAAGCAGCACAAGCAGCUCAGAAACUUGCUGAACUGGAAGCACAAAAAAGAAUGAGCCUGGAAACAAAAUCUUCCAUGGAAUCUGAGGAGACGAAGAAGGGGAAAGAAUCUAGGGUGCCAAGUGAUAUUAGGUACCGAAGAUACACUAUUGAAGAGAUUGAAGCAGCAACAAAUGACUUUUCAGACCAGCUCAAGAUUGGGGAAGGAGGCUAUGGCCCAGUUUACAAGUGUUACCUGGAUCACACAGAGGUUGCUGUUAAAGUUCUACGGGCUGAUGCAGCUCAAGGCAUGUCACAAUUCCAUCAAGAGGUAGAAGUAUUAUCCUGCAUACGGCAUCCGAACAUGGUUCUCCUCCUUGGAGCUUGCCCGGAGCAUGGUUGCCUGGUCUAUGAACACAUGUCCAAUGGCAGCUUAGAUGAUCGUCUCUUCCGGCGAGGAAACACCCUGCCUCUUCCUUGGCAAAUGAGAUUCAGAAUUGCUGCAGAAAUUGCAACUGGCCUUCUUUUCCUCCACCAAACCAAGCCAGAACCCCUAGUGCACCGUGACCUAAAACCAGGCAACAUUUUACUUGACCGUAACUUUGUCAGCAAGAUUAGUGAUGUAGGCUUGGCAAGGCUGGUUCCUCCGUCUGUAGCUGAUAGUGUUACUCAAUAUCGCAUGACCUCAACAGCAGGAACGUUCUGUUAUAUUGAUCCAGAAUAUCAGCAAACUGGAAUGCUGGGAACAAAAUCUGACAUUUAUUCAUUUGGUGUGCUCCUUCUACAAAUAAUAACAGCCAAGUCACCAAUGGGUUUAGCUCAUCAAGUCGAAAGUGCCAUUGAUGCUGGAAGUUUUGCUGAGAUACUUGACCCAACUAUUCCUGACUGGCCUAUACAGGAGACCUUGAGUUUCGCUAAGCUGGCUCUUCAAUGUGCAGAACUAAGAAAAAAGGACAGACCGGACCUUGGGAAGGUUAUAUUACCUCAGCUUAGCAGAUGGAGAGCAUUUGGAGAACAAAACACGCCCUACCCCAUGUUUGGAGGUAUAUUUUGCACAACAAGCUCACCUAAUCACAGCCAUAUUUCCUCACUUCAAGAGGCGGCGAUGACUGACAUUCCAUCUGCAUCUGAUUGCUCAAGCUUAUCAAGUUCAUCAUCUUAUGGAGGAAGAAGAUGAUUCCAACACUGGAUGUUGUUUCAAGCUUAUAGUGCUGUAACACCAAACUUCAGCAAACUGGUACCAUCCCCAGGAGUCAAAGCCAUGUGGUCCAAACAAAGUGAAAGUUAUUCUCUCAGUUUUGUACCACUUGUAAUUAUUUUUCUUUUCUUCUUUUCUUCUUCUCUUUUUUUCUUUUCCUUUUUUGGGUUUCAUCUCCAAGAUAGUAUUCCAGUGACUAAAGUUUGGGAGGGUAUUGACUUGUAAUUUUCAAGCUUGAAUUCUGAAUUCUUGAUGGGGUAGGAGAGUCUACAGACAGGGAAAACUGGGAAAAGCUACCUCCAGUUGUAUAGUUAAAAAGUGAUGAUGAAUCAGAUAAAUCUUUUUUGCUCCUUUCA